AUGGGCUCAAAACACCACUUACACGUCGCCCACCAGAUUCCUCCUCACAUGCACCCAGCUGAAGUCAUUGCCACACUCCACGAUCACGAGACCGCCCUCACACUGCAAGCGCUCACCUGCGGCCACACAAAAGCGCCCUCGACCUCGCCUUCGACCCUCAAAGACACUUACUGGUACCCACCAGACCAGUAUCCCGUCUCCACCUACAACGUCACAGAAUGCAUAACAUGGUUCCCUGGCAUCGGCGAGCUUGGCAAAAAAUACAUUACCUUCCCAAGUUGUUUUCAGGACACACGACAGGGACUCAAGACAAGGGCGGAUGCCGCUGCCGGUGUGACUGUGCGUGCUGAGUUCCGGGUGGUGGAGAAUGGCGAGGCGGGGAGCGAGGUCGAGGGCGAAGGUAUGGGUGUCGGGGACGCCAAGUGGGUCCUCGUUGAAGACGUAGAGGUUACAUGUGCGUGGUAUCUCAUGCCAUUCGUCAAGGGCAAAAUGGAGCUCGCGCACCGCGAUGUGUGCCGCAAGAUCAUCGACAGGGUCGAACAUAAGAAGCGAAGUUCGAUGACGGCGGUCCAAAGACAGGACAGUGGAGCCGAAGCAUCAGAAGAUUUGAAUACUGGCUUUCUUCAGGAGACUAGAGAGCAUCACAAGAAACCACAGCCCGUGCAGUUCGGGCAGACACAUCAGACCUUUGAGGCAGAUGCAGUGGAUACACAGAGGACGGCGAUACCUAAUGCGGAUCUGCCGGACAAGAUUACGUAUAGGUGA